AUGGGAGAACCGCUCAGAUUCCCCCGCCCCCCCGAUGACUCCCCCCUUCGAGGCUCCGAGUGGAAAAUACCACGGCUAUAUUCAGUCACAAUUGCAUUUGUAAAGACAAACAGACCGGCAACAUCUCUCUAUAUCCUUCUGAACAGCCCGGAGAAUCGUGCUAAAUACGAUGCGCUCUUUGAUUCUAUACAUCCUCCGACGACCGAAGCAGAGGCAGUAGACCGAGCAGGCGGAUACUUUUAUACUCACUGGCAUAAAUGCGAAGUUCAAAGAGAUUGGGUUCAGAACACGAUGACGACUAGCCUUGCCUUUGGGCUGCUAAAGAGGACCGCAGAGAUUAUCCGGUUAGCUGAGGAACAAAUUAACCAAAAUCCUUUUAAUCUCGAGGAGGGAUUUCUAGAGGGGGAGAGAAAAACGCUUCAGUGGGUUAAGGAGGAGUUUGAAGAUGAGAAUGGAGUUGAAUAA